AUGGGUCACGUGGCGCAAUCCAUGGCUUCCGGUGGUCAUCCUGAGGGAGCGGCGCUGGUCACCAGACAUGACCAGCUGGCUGGCAGUCUGGCUAGGCUGCAGAGACUGGCAGCGAGCAGGCAGGCCGCGCUCAUGGAGAGUGUGCAGGAGAUCGAGGAGCGUUGCCGCGCGGCAGGUGGCGUUGGAGCAGCUGAUCGACUGGCGCUGCUUCCUGAGAGACGAUAA